AUGGGUGGCAAGUCUACUUACAUACGACAAGCUGGUGUCAUCGCCCUUAUGGCUCAAGUUGGCUGCUUCGUCCCUUGCAGCGAGGCGCAGAUACCUGUUUUCGACUCGAUCCUAUGCCGAGUGGGGGCGGGUGAUAGCCAACUGAAGGGAGUGUCGACGUUUAUGGCAGAAAUGCUCGAGACCGCAACCAUCCUCAGAUCUGCUACCAAGGAUUCGCUCAUCAUCAUCGACGAACUAGGACGAGGUACAUCGACGUAUGACGGCUUCGGUCUCGCAUGGGCGAUUUCAGAGUACAUUGCGUCACAAAUUCAUGCCUUCUGCAUGUUCGCCACCCACUUCCACGAGCUCACAAAUCUGGAUCAACAAAUCCCCCAUGUCAAGAACCUCCACGUCGUUGCUCAUGUCACAGAAUCGCACAAGGGGACUCGAGACCAAGACAUCACUCUUUUGUACCGUGUGGAACCUGGUGUAUCCGACCAGAGUUUCGGUAUUCAUGUCGCCGAACUUGCUAACUUCCCAGAAGAUGUCAUCAAGCUUGCAAGGAAGAAUGCUCAAGAGUUGGAAGACUUCAAUGAAGAUCAUGCCAGAGACACAACAUUCUCUUCCGAGGUCGUUGACUCAGGCAUCGAUACCGUGAAGGCCUUCUUCAAUUCCUGGUCGGCCAGCGAAAAUCUGGAGCAAAUUGAUGAAGACGUAGUCAUGGACGACGCGUCUCCUGAAGCUCAACUCGAAAGCCUCAAGCAACACCUCGAAAAAUUCCGCCCUCAGAUCGAGAGCAACCCAUGGCUCCAAUCCGUCAUCACUUCUUUGUAG